AUGGGUCAUGUUUUCGACUUUGAAAAAUCAUGGGAAUUGUUGCGAGCGGAUCCAAAGUGGAAUAAAAUGUCUACAUCGUCGGAGCUUCAAUCCAAAAGGUCUCGCAAUUCUAGCUCGGUCGACGUGUCGAACGCACGGACUAACAUCGACCUAAACGCCGAUGACGAUGAGAUCCCGGAUGAUAUCCAAGAGAUAUCCCCACCACGACGACCGCCAGGACGCGACAAAGUGAGGCGUGCUGCAAGGCAUGCGGAGGAGAUGGAGACGAUAGCAAAAGAUGCGGCGGAAAUGAGAGCCAAAUUCGACGAGCACAAUUUAUUAAUAAAAGAAAAAAAUGAGUUGAAACGUCGUUAUUUGGAGUUCUUGGAAAGGCAAGCACGGGAGAAGCAGGAACAAAAAGAGAGGGAACUAAUGACACAUCAGUUGUCAAUUCUUCGGACAAGUGAGGAAAGUUUAGCGCCUGCUGAUCUAGCGGUGCUACAAACGAUGAAAGAACAAAUUAGGAAACAAUAUUUGGGUUAA